CAUGUUAGUAUGUCGGAACCAAAAACACCAGCGGAAGAGUUUCCUAUCGAGCCUGUUUACCUGCAACACAGACAGGCACGCAUGUGGGUGCAACGAUGGCUAAUAGAGAUGUGUUGAGCGUGCUGGAUGAGUGUGUAAAGAAAAUAAAUGCCAACACAGUGCACCCAGAUAGCUUUCUUAGCCUUCAGGAUGAAGUGGCAGCAGACUUUACAUCUCUCACUAAGACCCUGUAUGACCUCCACAAAGCCCAGGAGCCUGCAGAUUAUAAAGGCAGCCUGUUGGAUCAGCUGGUGGUGGAAAACUUUGACGAAGAGCAGAUAUGGCAGGAGCUGGAGCUACAGAACAACGCUGUACUGAAACACUUUAAAAAUGUAGCGGACGAAGCUUUGUCAGAUGAGACAUUAACUGUGCUGGUAGAGGAAGAGGAAAGUGCUGAGGAAGAAGUAGAGUCUGAUGAUGAAAAUGCAGAGGAAGAGGAGGAGCCACCAAGACAGUCUAAGAAAAUGGCUGUGGAGCCUGAAGAUGGGGCCGAGGAUAAGACCGAUGAGGAUUCUGAUUUAGAUUUUGAUGUGGAUGCUCUAGAGAAGCGAGAGAAACAGAAGAAGCAGAUUGGUAAGAAAGCAUCCCAAAAAAAGGUGGUUCCCUCUGAGGUCGAUGAUACGUUCUUCAAACUGUCCGAGAUGGAGUCUUUUCUUGAUGAUAUGGACAAGCGAGAAGGAAAAGAUGAUAAGAACGAAGAUGAGCUAGAUUACUUUCAGGACCUGCCCUCAGAUGAGGAUGAUGAACUUGACUUGGAUCAACUACUUUCUGCCAAAAAGCAAAAGAAAAACACUAUAAAGAGCUCCAGGAAUCUGAAGUACAAGGACUUCUUUGAUGCUGUUGACGGUGAACCAGCUAAAGCAGAUGAGCAGUCAGAUGGCGAGGAUGACAGCAUUGAUGAAGAAGGUGAAGAAGAAAUAGAUGACGAGGCAGAUGAUUCCGACGGUGAAGAGGAGGGUGAUGAUGACGAUGAAGAGGGAAAUCAGUUAAAAGCAUCCCAUAAGAAAGUGACCUUUAACCUCUCUGGAGACGAGGACAGUGAAGGAGAGGACGUGGUGGACAUUUUUGGAGGAAAAUCUCCAAGCUCAGCAAAGAUUGAAUCAAAGUCAUCGUUUGAGAAACGUCAAGACAAGAUGUCAGAGAAGAUCGAUGAGUUGGAGAAAGCAGCUCUAGCGACAAAGCCGUGGCAGUUGUCCGGAGAGGUGACGGCGCAGACCCGUCCGGAGAACAGCAUGCUGGAGGAAGAUGUGGAGUUUGAGCAGACCUCCAGGAUGGCACCUAGUAUCACAGAGGAAACCACACUACAGCUUGAAGACAUCAUCAAACAGAGGAUAAAAGACCAGGCGUUUGAUGAUGUGGUCCGAAAGGAGAAACCCAAAGAGGAAGUGUUUGAGUACAAGAAGAGACUUACGUUGGACCACGAGAAGAGCAAACAAAGUCUAGCAGAAAUCUAUGAGCAGGAAUACCUCAAGCAGAAUCAGAAAAAGACAGAGGAGGAGAACCCAUCCCAUGUAGAAAUUCAAAAGCUUAUGGACACGCUCUUCCUUAAGUUGGAUGCUCUCUCCAACUUCCAUUUCACACCUAAACCACCUGUUCCAGAGGUCAAAGUGGUGUCCAACCUGCCGUCCAUCACAAUGGAGGAGGUGGCUCCAGUCAGCGCUAGUGAUGCUACAUUGCUGGCACCAGAAGAAGUCAAGGCGAAGAACAAAGCAGGAGACAUUAUGGGUGAUACUGAGAAGACAUCGACAGACAAGAAGCGGGAGAGACGCAACAAGAAGUUGGUGAAGCGUGUAAAGAUCAAGGAGAAAGAAAAGAGACAAAGACUUAAAGACGCCAGUAAAACCGAUGAGAACAGAAAGCUGUCAAAGGCUGAAGUAGCAGAAAACCUGAAGAAACUCACAAAAGGAGGCAAAGCCACAAUACUCAAGGACGAGGGGAAGGACAAAGCUCUGCGGUCCUCUCAAGCUUUCUUCUCUGAGCUGCAGGACCAGGUUAAAAGUCAGAUCAAAAGUGCAAAGGACCAGUCUUCAAAGAAGAAGAAAAACAAAGAGGUUUCUGUCAGCAAACUCAAGUUGUAAAACCUGGGACGUUUUGUUGAAGAUCAAUGUUUUAUUGUAUAGAUUAUUUUUUAUGAGAAAGUGGCAAUAUAUUAAGUCCUUGUUUAAUGUUUCCAUUUUCAAUAAAAUCAAGUGAGUGCCCA